UACCGUGACACUUAGCGGCUAGCUAACUCGGCUAAUCUGAUCUGUCGUCUCGGGGCGUCCAGCUGAGAGUCCUAACGUCACUCCGAGGGGGUUUGAGACCAACCGACGUCGGAUUUAUUCUCCUCUGAAGAAUGGCGUCGCUCGGGGAACCCGUACGACUGGAAAGAGAUAUUUCCCGUGCCAUCGAACUGCUUGACAAGCUGCAAAGGACAGGGGAAGUGCCCCCCCAGAAGCUGCAGGCACUGCAAAGGGUUCUACAGAGCGAGUUCUGCAACGCUGUUAGAGAGGUAUAUGAGCAUGUGUAUGAAACGGUGGACAUCAACAGCAGUCCUGAGGUCAGGGCCAAUGCCACAGCCAAGGCUACCGUGGCAGCCUUCGCGGCGAGUGAGGGACAUUCACAUCCACGUGUGGUGGAACUACCCAAAACAGAGGAAGGCCUGGGUUUCAACAUAAUGGGUGGAAAGGAACAAAACUCCCCCAUUUACAUCUCCCGGAUUAUUCCAGGAGGCAUUGCUGACCGCCAUGGUGGCCUCAAGAGAGGCGAUCAACUUCUCUCUGUUAAUGGGGUGAGUGUGGAAGGGGAGCACCACGAGAAAGCAGUGGAACUCCUCAAGGCAGCUCAGGGCACGGUCAAGUUGGUAGUAAGGUACACCCCGAAAGUCCUAGAGGAGAUGGAGUCACGCUUUGAGAAAAUGAGGUCGGCAAAGCGCCGGCAACAGAACAACUAUCCCCAGUAACGUGGUCUCAGAAGGGAUGUCCCCCGUCUACCCUGCUCUGGCCGUUUGUCCCUGUCCCCCCUGUUUACCGUCCUCCAGAUGUAACAGUACCAAACCAGGUUUAGUUUGUCACCAUUAUGUUUCUACUAUUUUCCCAUAGAAUUUUAUAAUCCACUGUUGUUUUUGUACAGAACACUAAAAACUCAAGGACAACCUAAAACUGAUGGCGAUUCUUAACAUAGGUGAACACUCUCACUUUGUGCAUUAUUUUGGAAUUGACAUUCUGAAUGAAAUUUUGUUAAGUUCUGAGACCAAUCACUAAAGUCCUGUGACGGAGCAGGUGGUGUUUUAAUUCUUUAGCAUAGCCACUACAAAGAGCCUCAGGACACAAAAAAUAUACCUUGUUUACUGUGCUCAUGGUUCCUGUUUGUUUGCUGUAAUAUUUAAGGUCAAGUAAUGAAAUGCUUGUGGUAGGAUUUGAUGCAUGCUCGGCAUCUGUUGUUCUCGAAAGUCGUUUUGACUGUAAAAAGAUUGAAAAGCCAUUCCAAGCCACUUUUCUGCAACACGCCCACCAGCAUCCGGAUUGCACAUCAAUCAGAUUGAAUGUUAAUCGUCGCCGUGCCGGCUGCGUAUGUCAAAAGAAAUAUCACGCGAAUGUCACUUCAGAUUGGCUCUAGCGGUUUGCCCAACCCAACUUCAGGGGGGCCCACCUGCUGAACACGCCAACCCCGCGGGAACGAGCAGCCUCUCGAAUAAUGUGGAUUCUACACCACGUCGUUGAAAAGGUUGACAUGGGCGUCCGGGUAGCGUAGCGGUCUAUCCCGUUGCCUGCCAACGUGGGGAUCACCGGUUCGAAUCCCCGUGUUGCCUCCGGCUUGGUCGGGCGUCCCUACAGACACAAUUGGCCGUGUCUGCGGGUAGGGAGCCGGGUGCGGGUAUGUGUCCUGGUCGCUGCAGUAGCGCCUCCUCUGGUCGGUCAGGGCGCCUGUUUGGGUGAAACUCCUCACUGUCAGGUGAAAAGAAGCGGCUGUAUCGGAGGAGCAUGUGGUUGUCUGCAGCCCUCCCCGGAUCGGCAGAGGAGGUGGAGCAGCGACCGGGACGACUCAGAGGAGCGGGGUAAUUGGCCGGGUACAAUUGGGGAGAAAAGGGGGGAGGGGAGAACGAAUCAGAGGUUGACAUGUGCUGUGGGGUUGGUAUAGUUGUACCAGUCGUGUAAUCUGGACUCAUGACUUACGCCCAACAAGACCCUCCUGUUAACGUCUAGAUUUUAAGAUCACGAUAAACUCGGUAACUCAGCAUGACGAGGUAAAACACCCUCACCACUUCAGCUCGGGGGAAUGUAAUGUUUUUCUUUGCCAGACACUUACUGUCGUCUCAGUGGAAGCCGGUUGCAGCAGGUCCCCUCCAGCUGUGGUAGUACCGCUGUUCUCGCCGUUUCCACGUUUUCCAUUUUAAGUGCCUAGUGAAGAAGAACGGCAACGUUCGAGACGUCAUCCGAGCAGCCGAGCUCUCCGCACCGGCUAACGCUCGGCUCCGGCCGGGCCGUCUUUCUUUUCCCGUCACUGUUUGGGAUGGCAGGUGCGAAACUGGAGCAAAUCUGGCCACCGUGCACGCCGACUCCCGGCUGUCUGUACUGGUAAACUCAAAAAGCAUGACUUUACACAAUGUUGACUGGAUUGUAAACCUGUUGUUUUUAAAUGAUUGCAAAUGACCUUUUGUAAUUCUAAUAUCACUUAGGUGCUCUGAUAUGUCUUUUAGGUUUAAAAGAAAAGUUUUGACUUUAGUAAAAUAUUUAUU